CUCCACCUCAUAGAAGCUUCGCAGAAGCUCUUGAUUUCUCGAAGUGCGCCUCUGCAACCAACACUGGAGUCCGCGGGGCCGCGCUGGGCACUAGCACGUCGCCGAUAAGCGCAGAGGAGAGCUGAUUGCUGCUCUUCCAGAUCAAUCGCUCCUUUUGACCAAAUCCAAUUGUAGCUUGCUAAGGUCAUUGAAGGGUAUAAGAAGAGCUUCUCGAGCAAGAGGUCGUCGCGUCAAUUCCUCAUCUCCCAAUUCCUUUCCUCUAUAUUACACCAGCUUCUCUAGAAGCGCAAUGUCGAAAGAACAGACUGCUGCCAUCGUGCCCUCGAUCGGCGCACCCGUCGAGCUGCGCCAGGUGCCCAUCCCUACACCAGGCGCGCACGAGAUCCUCGUCCGCAACGUCGCCAUUGCCGUGAAUCCCGUCGACUGGAAGCUGCAAGCGUAUGGCCUUUGGCUCAAAAACUUUCCCACUGUACUCGGAAGCGACGUGGCGGGCGUCAUCGAAUCCGUCGGGCCUGAAGUAACCAACUUCAAGGCCGGCGACAGGGUCACGGGCUAUUCGGGCGUCAUCUACACCGACCAUCUCGAGGACGGGGCGUUCCAGCAGUACACGAUCCUGCGCGACAUUGCUGCGGCCAAGCUGCCACAGGACUACGACUUCCGCAAGGCGGCCACGUUCCCCAUGACGCUUGCCACAGCUGCCCAUGCACUGCACGGCAAAGAUACCUUGGACCUACCCCUCGACUUCAAGGCGGCAACCGGAGAAGCAUUCCUCGUCUAUGGCGCCUCGUCGGCCGUGGGCAACACGACCAUCCAGGUGGCCCGCAACCUGGGCUUCACUGUCAUUGCCGUCGCCUCGGCGUCGCACGAGGCCCAUCUCAAGUCCCUGGGCGCGGCCCACUUUCUCGACCGCAACGACCCUGCAGUGGGCGAGGCCCUCGACAAGAUCUUGAGCACCCACAAGCUCUACCUGGCCUACGCCAUCGACACCAUUACCGGCGGCGACUCGUUUGACCUUGCCGCAGCGCUCCUCUCCCGUGCGCCUUCGGUCCAAAAGGUCGCUGGCGGAAAGAAGAAGCUCGCCCUCGUACUCCCCUUGCCCGAGGGCAAGCAGGUGCCAGACAAUGUCGAGGUCGUCAUCAUCUCCGCCUAUUCCUGCUUCAAUGCCCAGCCUGACAUCGGCAAAUACAUCUUCAACACCUACCUGCCUGAGUCUCUCGAAAAGGGCACCCUGGUCGCUUCGCCCCCGAUCAAGAUCAUCGAAGGUGGCCUGGCCUCGACGCAGCAGGCCUGGGACAUAAGCAAGAAGGGCGUCAGCGGCCAGAAGCUCGUCAUUGAAGUCUAAGACUCGCCCUCGUCAUUCCAUCUGUCUUAAUCAUCUAUUUUAUCUAGUGCUAAUAUGGAGUCCGAAAUAGGUUCUUCUUUGGACAAGUGCUGUGCUGGAUGUUGAUUGU